AUGUCGACUUCUGACCAUCCAGAAACAGAUGGUCAGACGGAAAGCGUCAACCGCGUCCUCGAAGAGAUACUUCGAGGGUAUGUCCACUCGUUUACGAGUUGGAGUGAGUUCUUGCCGUUGGCGGAAUUUGCCAUCAACAACUCGGUGCACGCGUCGACGACGCAUACACCGUUCUUCGUGAUUGGCCUACGCCAUCCACGUUUACCCGCCUUCUUAGAGUGUGACUCUAGUUUAAGGGGGGUGGACCCGCUCGAACAAAAACCGAUCUGUUCUUGCUCAUCACCCGUCGACAAUGGUGUCGACGUGAUGGAUGCCGAUGUCGAUGCGAUCGAUAUCGAUGAUGAUGAUGAUGAUGAUGACGAUGUUGGCAUAUUCAGCAUCGCCAAUGACCGCUAA